ACCUAAGACCUAAGGUUAGAAAAUACUCCGUGCAAAGCUUCCUUACUUCCGUCGCGGAUACGCCUUGCCGCCGCUAACUCUGCCAGAGUUUGCGCACCAUCGCGGCUACGGCUUGCCGCCACUAACGCCGCCACCAACCCUGACUGCCAUUCCAACUUCUACAGGCAAUCUUAGGCAAAGAUGGGUUCGUUGAAGAGGAAGUCAAUAGAAGAUCUGACUGAUACAAGUGAAAUAUCAAGACCUGAAAAGCAGCAGCGAGAGAGUGGUCUACUGGGUUUGGAUGAGCCAGUGGCUUGUCUUCAUGAUGUGUCAUAUCCGGAAGGUUAUGUCCCUCGCGAUUCAAGUUUGGCCAAGGCUGAAGGAGACUCAAAACCUGCCAAAGAGUUCAGUUUUACGCUGGACCCUUUCCAGUCUGAAGCAAUUAAAUGCCUUAACAUUGGUGAAUCUGUCAUGGUGUCAGCACAUACAUCAGCCGGUAAGACAGUUGUGGCUCUUUACGCAAUUGCCAUGUCAUUGAAGAAUAAUCAACGUGUGAUAUAUACUUCACCCAUCAAAGCUCUUAGUAAUCAAAAGUACAGAGAGUUUAAGGAAGAGUUUUCUGACGUGGGGUUGAUGACUGGAGAUGUGACCAUUGAGCCCAAUGCUUCUUGUCUGGUUAUGACCACAGAAAUCUGGCGUAGCAUGCAGUACAAGGGAUCAGAGGUUGUUAGGGAGGUGGCCUGGAUUAUUUUUGAUGAAGUACACUAUAUGCGUGAUUUAGAACGAGGUGUAGUUUGGGAGGAGAGCAUUGUGAUGGCUCCAAAGAAUUCUCGUUUUGUAUUUCUCUCAGCAACGGUGCCAAAUGCUAAGGAGUUUGCAGAUUGGGUUGCAAAGGUCCACCAGCAACCAUGCCAUAUUGUUUAUACAGACUAUCGACCUACACCUCUUCAGCAUUACAUAUUUCCUUCUGGUGGUGAAGGUCUGUACUUGGUGGUUGAUGAAAAAGGAAAACUUCGCGAAGAUAGCUUUCAGAAAGCUUUAAAUGCUCUUGUUCCUUCUAGUGAGGGGAAUCAGAAAAGGGAAAAUGGAAAACGGGAGAAGGGUAUAGUUGCUGGUAAAGUGGGGGAGGACAGUGAUAUAUUUAAAAUGGUGAAAAUGCUUAUUCAACGUCAGUAUGAUCCUGUAAUAUGUUUCAGUUUCAGUAAAAGAGAAUGUGAAUUUCUUGCAAUGCAGAUGGCUAAAAUGGAUUUAAACAAUGACGACGAGAAGGUGAACAUUGAAACUAUCUUUUGGAGUGCUAUGGACAUGUUGUCUGAUGAUGAUAGAAAAUUGCCACAAGUUUCAAACAUGCUACCAUUGUUGAAACGUGGAAUUGGUGUGCAUCAUUCUGGGUUGCUUCCUAUAUUGAAAGAAGUGAUUGAAAUUCUAUUUCAGGAAGGGUUUAUUAAGUGUUUGUUUGCUACAGAGACCUUCAGCAUAGGGUUGAAUAUGCCUGCAAGAACGGUUGUCUUCACAAAUGUGCGCAAAUUUGAUGGAGACAAGUUCAGAUGGAUAUCCAGUGGUGAAUAUAUACAAAUGAGUGGACGUGCUGGUCGUCGUGGAAUUGAUGACCGAGGUAUUUGCAUCCUGAUGGUUGAUGAGAAGCUUGAACCUUCUACUGUUAAAUUGAUGCUAAAAGGAAGUGCUGAUCCAUUGAAUAGUGCUUUCCAUCUUAGCUACAACAUGCUCUUGAAUCAGAUAAGAUGUGAAGAUGGUGAUCCUGAAAAUUUGCUUAGGAAUUCAUUUUAUCAAUUUCAAGCAGACCGAGCAAUUCCUGAUCUUGAGAAGCAAGUAAGGUUACUUGCAGAAGAGAGAGAUUCAAUUGUUCUUGAGGAAGAAGAUAGUUUAGAGGAUUAUUAUUCUCUGUUACAGCAGUACAAGAGCCUGAAGAGGGAUGUGCAUGACAUAGUUCUCUCUCCGAAGUAUUGCUUACCUUUUCUGCAGCCUGGAAGGAUUGCCAGCCUGUACUACACAAAUACAAGUGAGGAUAUUCCAUCCUUUUCAAUCAAUGAAAACGUUACAUGGGGAGUCAUACUAAACUUUGAGAGGGUAAAAUGCCAUUCUGAAGAUGAUGUAGAUAAGAAGCCAGAGGACGCCGACUACACAGUAGAUAUUCUCACACGAUGUGUGGUGCAUAAAGAUGAUCUUGGUAAAAGAUCAACUAAAGUUGUUCCCUUAAAGUCUCCUGGGGAAGCUGCUGUUGUUUCUGUUCCAUUAUCCAAGAUCGAAAGUUUGUCUAACCGUCGUCUGACAAUACCAAAGGACCUUUUACCGUCGGAAGUUCGAAAUAAUACCUUGAAAAAGCUUUCUAAUUUUAUCUCUAGCCAUGAAAAGGACGGGAUUCUCUUAGACCCGGAUACUGACAUGAAGGUCAAAAAUAGUUCAUACGUCAAGGCUGCGCGCAGAAUAGAGGCAUUGGAGAGACAAAUUGAAAAGCAUGGCAUAGCAAAAUCACCCAUAAUUGAGGAAAAGCUUAAAGUUUUGCACAAAAAGAAAGAGCUUACUACCAGAAUAAAAUCAAUCAAGAAGCUAAUGCGUUCAUCCACGGUCUUAGCUUUCAAAGAUGAGCUUAAAGCCAGAAAAAGAGUCUUAAGGAGACUUGGAUAUAUCAGCAGGGAUGAUGUUGUGGAGUUAAAGGGGAAAGUAGCUUGUGAGAUCAGCAGUGCAGAUGAGUUGACCCUGACUGAGCUUAUGUUUAACGGUAUUUUCAAAGAAGUCAAAGUAGAGGAAAUGGUUUCUCUGCUUUCUUGUUUUGUAUGGCGAGAGAAACUUAACGAUGCUCAGAAGCCCUGUGAUGAACUUGCGUUACUGGUCACACAGUUACAAGAAACAGCCCGCAGGGUUGCCAAAGUUCAGCUAGAGUGCAAGGUUGAAAUAGAUGUGGAAAAAUUUGUGAGUUCUUUCCGACCUGAUAUCAUGGAAGCUAUUUAUGCUUGGGCUAAGGGAUCAAAGUUUUAUGACAUCAUGGAAUUCACUCACGUCUUUGAAGGGAGUUUAAUUAGGGCUAUUAGGAGAUUGGAGGAAGUUCUUCAACAGCUAAUACAGGCCGCACAAUCUAUUGGUGAAACUGAACUUGAAGCCAAAUUCGAAGAUGCUGUUAGCAAGAUCAAGAGGGACAUCGUCUUUGCUGCUUCACUUUACCUGUAAAUGAAGUUGGUGCUUGUUCGGAAAAUGUCGAACUACGAUGGCAUACAUACCCUGGGUGGAUUCUUCUCUAAAGGGAAGAGAGUCAUGGAAACACCCGGGGAUCGCAGCAGCUGCUAGGCGGGCCCUGGCUUCCGUUCAGGUAAUUCAAACAGGGCACCAGCUUGUUCAAGCACUCGUUCUGGUUCGCGUUACGAGUCUGAUUCGUAUCUCCUGCUGCUUCAAAACAUGAUGACCAAAGCAUUGUCAUGCCCACAAAAAUGGCCCCCAAUACACGUCUCGCGUUUCUCAUCUGCUGGCUGUUGGCGAUCAAACACUGCUCUCGCUUCUGGAUUAUGGCUCUAUGGCAGUAACAUAGACAGUUGAGCUACAUCAAAUUUAUGCAUCACAAUGAAGCCAAUGUCCAUAU